AUGGAUCGAUAUCUAACGCCGAAAAAGAGACCUAAUGAGAGUCCGGACACUGGAUGUGUAACCAAAAGGACUCCGGGUUCUGGUGUAACAAGUAGCCAGGAUGAUGGUUCUGGUUCAAGCGGAGUUUACAAGCUCAAAAUCCUUUUGCCAAACGGAAUGGCAGUGUUGGUGAAGUUACCAAAAGGAUCUGGGUCUGUUACCGUGAAGGAUUUGGCUGGUGAAGUGAAACAACAGCUUGCUAGAGCGAUACAAGCGAGAAAAACAAGUACCCCAAAGAAAUCUGUUAAAUGGGAUGCUGAAUUAAGUUUUGUUGAUGAUCAUGAUUUUGUGAUUAGAAAUAGUGUUAACUUGACUAAAUUAGAGUUGAAUAAAGUUUAUAAUUUGAGACUUAAUGAUGGAUCUAAGCCGGCUGAAAUGUACGAGAACAUGUGGGAUUUGACACCUGAUACAGAGUUACUUAUGGAAUUACCUGAAGAGUACACGUUUGAAACUGCGCUGGCUGAUCUUAUCGACAAUUCGUUGCAAGCUAUAUGGCCAAAUGAGGGAUCUGAUAAGAAGUCGAUAAGGGUGAAAGUUACAGAUGAUAAGAUAUCGAUUAUUGAUACAGGCCCUGGCAUGGACUCUACAUCUAUAGAGAAGUGGGGAAAGAUGGGCGCCUCUCUUCAUCGCGAAUAUAAAACACAGGCCAUAGGUGGAAAGCCUCCCUAUCUGAAGCCUGCCUUUGGCAUGUUUGGAUAUGGUGGCUUUAUUGCAUCUAUGCAUCUAGGGAGGUACACUGAGCUCUCUUCCAAGACAAAGAAUAGCAAAAAGGUCUAUAUGCUACGACUUGAAAGAGAUGCUCUAAUCAGUGGUUCUGGUUCAAAAAGAACAUGGACGACAUAUGGUGGCCUUCGAGAUCCCACAGAUUCUGAACUUAAGUUAUCUUCUGGUGGAAGUUUCACAAAGGUUGAUAUUUUUGAACCCAAGAUGCGAGGCAUAGAUGUGAGACGGCUGAAAUGUAAACUAAAGGACAUCUAUUUUCCAUACAUCCAGUGUGAUGACUUGUCCAAGAAAGGACUAACAAUGAUGCCAGUUGACUUCUGGGUCAACGGUAAUAAUCUGGCAGAAAUCCGGGGCGGGGAAGUAGCAGUUACGAAUCUUCAUUCUUGCAAUGGUCCUGAAUUUGUAUUACAACUUCGUUUUUAUCCGACGCAUAACAAUGUCACUACAAGUAGUCCAGGAUCAAGGUUACCCAAAGAGGCGAAUGCACGCCUUAGGUGUGUGUAUCUUCCUGUUAAAGAUGGUAAGGAGAGUAUUGAGAUCAUUCUGGAAACUUUAAAACAACUUGGAUAUGAUUAUAGAGAAGACUUUGGAAGUUUUAGUCAUGUUUCUUGUAGACGGUUGGGUCGUCUACUUCCAGAUGCUCGUUGGGCAUGGCUUCCAUUUAUGGAUUUGAGGCAAAAGAAAGAGGACAGAUCCCAAAUUUUAAAGAGAAGCUGCAUGCGAGUUAAAUGCUUUAUUGAGACGGAUGCUGGUUUCAACCCAACACCCUCUAAGACUGAUUUUGCACACCAAAAUUCCUAUACCACUGCCUUGAAGAACUUGGGUAGCAAACAGCCUUUGGAGAAAGAGACUGGUGUUGAAAUUGAGAUCAGAAAGGAGGGCAAAUCCUUGAACCUGUCACAGUUGGACAAGCAGUACCAACAAUGGCUUAUGGAUAUGCAUGACAGAUACGAUGAAGAAGUGGAUUGCGGAGUUGAUGAACCUGUGAUUUUAGAAAACCCUUUAAACAAAAAGGAGCUUCACAUAUCCACGAACGGGGAGAUUGUGAGGGUUCACAAAGCUUUAAGGCGGAAAGGAAAAUCUUGGAAAACAGGGCAGAAAAUCAAGAUCCUAAAGGGAGCAUGUGCAGGCUUUCACAAGAAUAAUGUCUAUGCUACAUUAGAAUACAUUCUUCUUGAAGGAUUUCAAGGGGAUGCAGGUGGAAAUGCUUGGAUAAUUUGCAGAACGAUUGACAUACCUAAAGAAGAUGGCUGUCUCCUUGAAAUUGUUGAUGGAAAUCCCAAGUUUAAUCUGCGAAAAUCCCUCCCAAUACCAAUAAAUGCUGUUGAUUCUGGAAAGUGUCUAGCGGUUGAUGAUUCUGAAUGGAACAACCAAAUCAAAAAGCAAUAUCAGAAACGUCCGUCCUCAAUCGAGAUGGUAAAUUCAAGACAAUGCUGCAAGUUGGGAAUAGAUGCGUCAUUACCUGAUGAGCGUGAGGUUUAUGCCGGGGAUUAUUCACACUGUGAAAUUGUAGCAGUUGUUCGUCCUGCUACUUAUAAAUCUGGAACUGAUUCUAAACAUUUAUAUCAGAAAUACGUGAUGAAAGAUAAUUUUGAGAUGUCACUUGCAAUAACUUUUUAUCCAUAUAAAAGUUCCCGAGAUGAAACCAUUAUCUAUUCUGGACGUAUAUCACCUUCAUCACGAAAUGACUUUGAUGGUUUAUAUGUAUUUAAACCAAAAUACAAGUCGUAUCCCCUGUUUCAUAAAUCUGGCUUAUAUACAUUGACCUUUUCCAUUAAUGAUUCAAGCUGUGAGAAGUGUGUGGAGAAAGUUAGAGUUAAACCAUUACGUGAGAUUCACAAAUGGGCACUUACAAAGAAGAUUUCUGAUCUAGAGAUAAGGGUUGGCUGCUUAUACAAACCCAUUUCCAUAUCAAUGUUCGACAUAUUUGACAAUCAAAUUCCGUUUUCAAAAGUUCCCAAACUGUUGAUCAAGGUGAAGUACACAGGCAGUACAAUAGUUCAAGUUAACCAAUGGAACUCAUUUAUAUCAUUGGAUAAGUUGGCCCUUAUACUUGAGGAUUUGCUUAUUGAGAUGUCUAAUUUGGACAGCAUUUUGCCAACUUAUAAUGCCACACUGAUGCUAUGUCUGCCUGAUGGCUCAAACUUGUUAGAUAUCCCCAUUAAAGUUCUUCCUGGACCUGUAAAAUGUUUUACAGUGCAACCAGAAAACUUUGUGAAGCAAUUGAUUCCAGGCCAAGUAAUUAAUGAGUUGACAGUGGAGCUGUUUGAUGCUUAUGGAAAUCAUGUCCAAGAAAAUGAAAAGAUGGAGUUAAUUGUCGAUGGAUGUGGGUGGCUGGACAGGUCAUCUUCUGGCAAACAGGUGGAUGCUUUUGGGUGCAUUGAGCUUGGUGGCCUCAUGAGAGUUACUGCAGGAUAUGGACAAAAUGUGUCACUGUCUAUUCGUUCAAAGGGAAAACUUAUUAGCAAGGAGUGGCAGAUUGAGAAAAGGCAGCUAAGAACUGCAUCAGUGAUACCUGAAACCUGUUUUGCUGGUUCCCAACUUGAAAACCUCGAGUUUGAAGUUAUAGAUUCCAAGGGUGAUGUGGAUGUCAAUUUUCAUGAUGAAGAUAAAAUUGGACAAUCUCAUACUCUUGUGAUUAAAUCACAAUUUGAAGAUAUUGACGAAUCUGUAAAAUAUGUUUUUCGUAAAGGCCGCUGCAUAGUUCGUUCAGUUCCUGUUCCUUCUGAAAUAGGGGAGUUUAGUGUUGUGGUUGCUCAUUCCCGUUGUUCAGAGCUGCAAUUGACUGUUAAGGUUCUCGUUGAGCAACCUCCAGAGAUGGAGCCUCUAAAUAUCAGCCAUCAAUCUACCAAUGAAAAUAUUAUCUCACAUACACAAUUUGAUUAUACAAGUGUCCAACAUUACACUCCAGAGAAAAAUGCUUCAUCCCUACUGGAUUUGUAUUCUACACCAGAAGCUUUUCUGAAUUUCCAGAAGGAUCUUGAGAAUGAGAUUCUUGAAUAUGGUUUGAGUAUUGCCCAUCAUGAAAAGAAUAUAAAAGAGUGUGAAAUUCAGAUAACAGCAAUUGAGUCGGAGCUCUCACAAUUAGAAGGUAUCCAACACAAAACUCUUUGUAUUGCCAAAUAUGGAUCGCCAGGGAAAAAUGAAAUUAUAUCACGGGUUGAAUCUAAGGUUGACAAUGCUGCUUCGCUUGUCAUGACACUCUUCAGAGGGCUGUCUGAAACAGAUCGCCGUGGCUCGAUGGGAAAUAUUAUUGGUGUUGUUGCUCUUUUGGGAACAGCUCCCACUUUGAACCUUAGCAGGAUAUUUGCAGAGUAUCUUGGUGAUCAAAUGCUUGCAGUCGUAUGCAAAUCUUAUGAGGAUGUAAAUUUACUUGAAACUUAUGAUGAGAAUGGCAAGUUGAAUGCUAGUCAUGCACUUCAUAUGUUUGCAAGUGAACUUGGACAACCCAUAAGUGGACGUUAUCUCAUUCUAUGUAUUGAAGAUAUAAGGGCGUGUGAGUUAGAUAAAGAUCUUCAGGGAAAGCUUAUGUUGCCAAAUCCUACCCUUCCUGAUGGAUCAACACCAGCAGGUUUUCUGGGUUAUGCAGUUAAUAUGAUAGAUAUAGACGUUGAUCACAUAGAUACCAAGACAGAUUCUGGUUGUGGUCUUCGAGAAACUCUAUUCUAUCGUCUUUUUGGUGAGACACAAGUAUAUAAAUCCCGAGAAGAAAUGAAAAGGGCGAUCUCAUGUAUUAAAGAUGGUGCUGUGUCCUUGGAUGGAGGUAUUUUUAGAGGCAAUGGUGCUGUGUCUCUUGGAUGUUUGAACCCGGAUGUUAUUUUCCCAGUAGCUGCUCCAAGAACUCAAGAGGGUUCUCCGAACGACAAGAAGUUGAUGAGGCAUUAUAAGGAACUGAAGUUGCAUCACAAAGAUACUGUGAAUAACUUGACUGAAGAAUGGAAACGUCAUGAAAGUGUUAUGAAAGAGUUCAACAAGACUCGUGAUUUAUACACCAAGUACUUUACUAGGAACCCAUUGGAUAUUGGACACCCUCAAGUGUCUAAAGUUGAUUGCUUGGAGGAGAAACCCGUUAAUAUUACACAAUGUUUGACACCCACGUAUGAAGUGCAUUCUAUAGACAGCGAUUAGUAAUGUUAUUCAGGCGUAUAGGAAAGUUUUCUAACCAGCUUUUGACACCUUAAGUAGGCUGUAUAUGCCCAACAGUUACUGGUUAUGAAACUUGUUUUGAAGGUUAUCUUAUUUAGGAUGCUAUAAUGUUUAACUUUGGAUAUUAUAUGGUAAAUAUAUAUAAAUAUUAAUU